AUGCACAACCCGAUCAAAUACUUGCCUAAUAUAGUUGCAGCCUUAGACACUAUUCCAACAAUAACUCUACGCAGAGGUGCAAAACUGUUAAUUUACUGCAUUUGUAAGUCCUCCUUCCAUUUCUUAAAAUCCAGUUUUCUUUUUCUUACCUUGUUAAAAACACAUGAAUUUGUUGAGUUCAGAAAGAAUUGUGUACAAAGCUACAACGUGUUUGAUUUUCUUAGGGAAGUUGUGAGUAAGGUCCCUAACUAUGGCCAUUCUGAUGCUGUUGUUGGUGGUACUGUUGGUUCUGGUGAUGAUCGUACCAUGGUAAAAAGGAAGAAAGUUGUUGGUGAAACAAAUGAAAGUGAUGAAGAGUUGAAAAGAAACGGGACGGCAAAACUAAAACCCUCUCUUUUUUCCAUAAUUUCCGGGCAAACGGUCAGCAAUGGUAGGGGAAGAGGGUGGGGUAGAGGAAGGGGUAGAGGGUCAGCAGAAAGAGACGCGCCCCAAACAGAUAUAGAACUCGAAUCCUCCACCCCAUUGAUUCAACCAACUACCACCACCGCCACCGCCACCUCUACUGCCACUGCCACCACCCCCACGAUCAGUGAUGGUGGUCGGGACUUUGAUUUGAAUGUUGGGAUUGAUGAGAACAUGGAGAAAACAUCCGAUGGGUUAGACAGAGGAGCAUUACCACAACUGCAGCCACCACCACCACCACCAGAGUCAGUUCUUGGUGGUGGUGGAGACGGUGGUUCAAAGGCAGUUGAAGUUAAAAACAAAGAUUAUCUUGGGGGCUCGCUAAUUAAAACUCAACUUGCUAAGAAAUUGGCUUCUCCUAGUAUGCUAGUUGGAGAAGAAUUUCAACCAGAAGCUGUUGUUGUUAAUUACUUUGCUUCAGGCGGAUGUGGUGAAACAUACAGGUCCAACAAAGAUGGUUUUUUACUUCACUGGGGCAACAAAUAUCCUCUACAAUACUUAAUAGAAGCAAAUGGGCUUAAAUAUUCCAUUGCUACUGGAAAUUGGGGGAAAGCAAAUGCAGCUGGAACUAGAGCUGCAAGAGAUGUUGGAGCCCUUAGAGAACCGAAGGACAAACUGGAGAAGUGA